AUGGAAUGGAUGUGCUGCUCCGCGCGAGGGCACCUUCAUCUGCCUGGAUUCCCAUGGCUUGAACCCUCCUCGGCUAUCUUUCCUGUUUGUGUUGCCGUGCCUCAGUGCCUCAGGGUAACCGUAGGUAAGGUAGGUAUUGGAUGGGGAUGGAGGUCCAAAGUAGUCUCCAUUCAUGGAUGUCACCAAGCCCAGCAUCGGCCCCAUCCGGGAGAUGAUGGGACGAGAGACGAGACGUGGAUGCGCACACUGCACUGCACUGCACUGCACUAA